CAGCAGCAGAGUCCUGCUGCCUGGCGGAGCUCACAGAGAGCUGGGCAGAGCAGACUGAAAUGAACAGCUCCGUGUGUCUCUCACGUCCAGUAAAUGUGCGCAGCGUGAAGAAGGGAGACGCAUCGCUGUCUGUGUGAGUCCUCUUCAGACUAAAAUAUCUUUAAUGUGACACCGGGAGGCUUCAGACGGAGGAUACAGACGCACUAAACACAUCUAAAGCACUUUCUGUUCAACCAGCCGCUGAAUGCAGAUUGUUUUUGGAGGAUAGACUAGCCCUGUUUGUCUGAUUUCAAGAGGACAACUUCAAGUUUCGGAUCCGAUCAACAGUCCUAAACACAAAGGCGAGGCCGACCUGACUAAUCAUCCGAGGUGUCAAGCCGGUACCAGUCCGAUGUCCUCUCCCCCCACAGUGUGAUGCGUCAUGGCUCCGGUGCUGCUGAGUGGAGUGUGGUGGGGGCCGGAGGCGGGUGUCGUCGGGUCGGGGGCGGCAGCUGCUACGGGGGUGGCGUCGUGGCUGGGCAGCGGGCAGCUGGUCCUGGUCGUCACCCUCAGCGUCCUCACCGCCCUGCUGCUGGUCUCUGUGCUGAUGCUGCUGUGUGCUAGCUGCCAGGGGCAGAAGAAGGCAGUCAACGGACAUCCAGCAGGAGACCAUGAGAACCUCAUGAAUGGAGUGUCAGAGAAAGAGACGAUCAGCCAAUCAGCAGACAGUCCAGUGACGGACGUGGCUAUAAGCAGCUCUCAUAAUGGUCCUCUAACCAGCGGUACAAUCCUCACGGACACACAGGACACCAGUCCCCAGCCGUCAGAGGAGAUGCUCUCCAGCCAAUCAGAGCUCAGGUCCUCCAAGUGUCCUCAGGACCGGGAGCUUCCCAGCAUUCCUCCCAACAACGCCCUUAUAGGGGACGGACCCCCAGCCUCAGGGGACAGCACCUAUGAGGUGGUGAAGGAGAUUGCGGUGGCGUCACGUGACGUCAGCGUGGAAGACUCCCUGUACGAGACGGUGAAGGAACUCAAAGACUCCCCUCCGGCACAGCUCGGCCUCCCCAACGGUACCGUCCAGCAGAGCCCCGAUGUACCUCCCCAUCAUCCCCCCCCCCUCCUCAACGGCCACCUCAGCCCCUCCACACCUGAGCGGGGGCCCCUGUGCGCGGGGGUGGAGUACGCCUCCAUCGACCUGAAUAAGAAGAGCCGUCACAGCGCCGACAUGGAGGCCAAACGGCGCUCCGAAAACGCCAGCGUUCCCUCCCACAAGCCUGUGGAGGAACCAGAGGACUUACCUCCGCCGGUACCAGAGAAGGUUCUGGAUGAAAAUGACAACCAGCCGAUGGUGAUGAACGGGCUGGUCGGGGUCGGGAUGCACAAUGGAGAGUUACACUCCCCUCUGUCUCCUGCGCCAGGCCUCGACAACCACAUUCUGUCAGACAAUGAGUCAGCAGUGUACUCGACAGUCAACAAAACAAACUGUGACGGUGCGGUGAGCGAGGAAGACAAAGAGCACGACUACAGCAGCAUCGCCGAGAUCAAAGGUCUCGUCACGGCGUCCUCCUCCAGCGACCUCUACGCCACCGUCCGAGAUAUCUACGCCCAGCCCGACGAGCCACAGCCGGGGGAGUACCCCGCCUUGGACAGCACAGAUCCCGGCUACGAAACCAUCCGCAUUCCAAAGACUAGUAGCUCGGAUGACGACUGCAGGGGCGGGCUGGGAGCGGAGGGGUCAGACGCCGCCAAGGCGGAGCCCGACUACGAGAGCGUCGGAGAGUUGGGUCUGGGCCGGGAAAUGUCCCGUCUCUGAGUUUUCCCCCUCAUGUGUGGCGGCGUGGGAGAAGACGUCACUGUAGUGCUUUGAACCUGCUACCAAGCAUGCUUUUGGUGCAUGACUCGGGGGUGGAAAACGGCUCACCACAGCAUCCAUCAUAAACGCAUGAGUGUCCUCUCUACAGCUUGGGUACGGUUUAUCAUAUCUGAACUUUUAAUUUAUCAAACACAGUGAAUGUCAAUGGUACUGGUAGGCCUAGUAGAACAUGAACUGUAGUACCUCAGUCAUUGGGCAUUAAUCAUGCGGAUGAGUGCACUUUGGAUCAUCGUUAAAUUCAAUAUCAUGGACACAUUUAACAACACUUUAUUGUGGAAAAAAAGAUCAAAUAAAUAAACGUAUCAAAUACAUAUCCAAUCACAAUGCACAUGCAGCAUUUGAAGGGUCAGCUGAGGACACGAUCAGUGCCUGUGAUAUAAAAAAAUAAGAUACCAAGAAUUCAGUGCCAUAUAAUCAUUCAUGCACUUACUGUACAUAUGAAAGUUAUUUGUAUGCUCCUUCUGCAGCUGCUAGUGACUUUCUAGCUUCUUCUUCUAGGUGACUCAUGUUUUAUUGAGGUGUCAGAUGAUGUAUUUCUAGCUGUUCUUUGUCAGGUUCCGCAGCAACUUCACUGAGCUUUCCCUGCUUGAAAUUCCUGUGAAUGAAUUCAAGGCACGGAAAGCAAAAGCCAGUCAGAUCUGUGACCAAACGGCUAGUUGAAACAAUUCGAUAGAUUUCGCCAUCAAAUGACUUUUUGACAGCUAUAUAUGUUCUUUUUUUUUUUUUUUAAGAGACGAGGAAAGGAAGACGGGUUCACAGGAGCUUGAUGUUUCAUACAUUUUGAAAGCGUUUUUAGACGUUUUACAGUCCAUGUCAAUAUUUUUUUGUGAAAUUCAUAUUUAUUUGAAGACGCGUAUUGUUGUGUAAUUGUGAAAUGUUACAGAGUAUGUCUGUGAGAGGAAAGUAAAUAGAGUUUUCUAGCAUUUUUAUUAAGAUACUAAAUGAAAGUGAGUUGUGAGGUAAUGACAGUUGUAAAGGUACGCUUUUUCCCCUGACUUUUUUUUUCAUUUCAAUUAAUUUUUUUAAAAAAUACAUGUUUUCUUUUUUUGUCAUUUGCACAGGGGACAAAACAAAUUUAAAAGAGGUGUAAAGUGAUGAAACUACACGACAAAUUUGCAUUAUUAAUACAAAUCCAUUGAUAUAUGUAUUUUUUUGGUUGUCACAUUCUUUUGGUACAGUAUACAGCCUUCAGUUGGUGUCCCAGAUGAUUUUAAAGCACAAGGUUUAAUAUCAUGGUACUGCAUUUAUAUUCAGCUUAUCACAAUCCAGCUACAGCUCUGCACAAUUUGAAUAUCUAAUGCUUUUUAUCUUACUAUAGUAGCGCUCUGAGAAAACCGUAUGUGUCUGUUUGUAGCUUGUACUGACGACAUGCCAACCAAGGCUUGUAUAUACUGAGAGCACUAUUUUAACCAACUGUUACUCGCUGGAAGUUUUAUGUAAGCUUUUACUUAUUUGUAUGUCUGUUAAGAGCACUGAUGUAUGUCUGCCUUGUUUUGAGGAAAACAUGUUGUCCAAUGGCUUUUUUAUCUUAUUGUACCUCAAAGUUGUCAAAAUAGCUUUUGAGUUCUGAGAUGAAGUAACCAUUUAGAAAUAUGGUACAAUGUUUUGGUACAUGCGUUUUAAGAAAUAGUGAGUGUGGUACUUUUAUUUUUUUUAAGAAAACCUGAAUUAAUGUGUCAAUAUUUUGGUGUUUGUUUUCAAAUUUGACAGGGCCAGUGCUUUUUUGCUGUAAAUAUAUCUGUUACUGCUACAGUAUCUCCCGUCUUUGCAGAAAAAUUGGUGUCAUCUGUUUCCACCCACAUCCAAAUAUUACAGCAUCUCCAGCCUUCGUUCGUGUUUCAUUAGACAUGCAGGAGCUUGUUGGUGGUUCAGACAAAGACAGCUAGCCCGCGCUGACUGCUAUUAGAUUCAUAAAUGAUAUCACACAUUUGAAAUGCUGUAACAUCUCCCAGCAACGCUAAAGGGAAAGAGGGUUUUAAAUGCAAUCCACUCCUAGUAUUUUAUGAACGAAAAUGCAUAAAUUAAGUAUUUGUUCAUUUCUGCAAAGACGUAAUUAUCACUGACAUUUACACUCCCAAAAAAUGAGUACAUGUUUCCUACCAAGUGAUGUGGCUGUGUAUCAGGGUGGUGCCAUCAUUUAGAUAUAAUGUUGUUCACAGAAAUGACCUCUAAGGAAAUUAUCCAUCAAACGGGGUGUUUUAGUGCCAAAUCUAACCAGGACAACACACAGUUAAUAGACACUUGCCUAAAAUUACUUAUUCUCUCUAGCUGUCUAUCUCAGUCUUAUAAAAACACACACAUUCCCCUUCAGGGAAUUGGGGUGUGGUGGGGGUUCCUCUCCUUCAGCUCCGCUACUCCCAUAAUGAGACCAUUUGUUCCCCAUACAACCAGCAGACAACUCUAUGGUGACACCUCCCUUUGAUCACAGGGCGAAGCCUGUUUUGGAAGUUAUGGCCACAUCUGUCACUCCACUCUGUCCGGUUUCCAUUCCCUGCAUGUAAAUAUUUGAUGACAUGAAUUGUUCUAUUAAAAAAAUAUAUAUAUAUAUAUAUAUAUAUAAUAAAUUGU